UGAUUGACCGCCUUAUAGAUUCGUCUCUUCCCCCUGGUAUAUGAUCCUCCCUCCCCAUCUCUCUGUCUCUCUCUAGUCCCUUCCUCUGCCAAACUAUCAGUCCUGGCUGCUGGCGUCGAUCGGGUAGAGCCUGGUGCAUUUGCAGAGGCGAAAAGCUCCGAUCUUUCUCGAGGUGGGUCGAUAGAAAAAGGGACAAACUUGGGUUGAUUUUUCCUUGGAGCCGGACGAGGUGGCUCUCGAAAUCCGUCGCCACUUGCAGAGCAUCGGAGUCUUCAAGACCAACCACGAGCAAGUCAUGGUGAGCCCGGUGAUAAGAAUGGGAAACGACGAUUUGGGUCCGCCGUGGCUGAAGCCAAUGCUCCGGGCGAGCUACUUCGUGCCCUGUCCCGUCCACGGAGACUCCAACAAGAGCGAGUGCAACAUGUUCUGCUUGGACUGCGUCGGAAAUGCUCUCUGUUCUUACUGCCUCGUCCACCACAGAGACCAUCGCGUCGUUCAGAUACGACGAUCCUCGUACCACAACGUGGUGAGGGUGAAUGAGAUUCAGAGGUACAUAGACACAUCGUGCGUUCAGACAUACAUAAUCAACAGCGCGAAGAUUGUGUUCCUCAAUGAGAGGCCGCAGCCCAGGCCUGGGAAGGGGGUCACCAACACUUGCGAGAUUUGUUGCAGAAGCCUCCUUGAUUCCUUCAGGUUCUGUUCUCUGGGUUGCAAGCUCAAUGCAAUGAAGAGGGGCGAUGAUCCUGACCUCACAUUCACUCUGAAACCCAAGCACGGCAGGGAUGCGCUCAGCGGCGACUUCGAGUCAGACGAGUCCUCGACUCCGAAGAAGCCUCGGAAGUCCCCGUUCUUCAGCCGCCUGAUGGAUGGGACGGCGUUUUUUACCGAUAGUAAGAUUGACAGGGGAGAGAGGCUGACUUGGUCUGGCGAUGACGCCCCCGCAAGCAUUUCUCCCGGCACUCCGCCAAUAUACAACCACAGCAAUGCCAGGCGAAGAAAGGGCAUUCCUCAUCGCGCUCCUUUCUGAAAAAAUGAAAAGAAAGAAAAAGAAAGACAGAAGAAGAAGAAAGAAGAUCAAGUCUUUUUCUUAGUGUACAGUUGUAUAGUGAGUCAAUGGGGACGAAUACAGAAAGAUAAAUUAUUAAUGACAAGAAUGCAAAGUGAAAUGCGGUAUAUAGGGGGGGUCGAAAUUGCCAAAAACUUUAGCUGUAAAAAUAUUAUAUAUGGUGAACGAUUGGACAUAGUUUGUGCCUUUUCUCGUUGUAUAUAUGUGGACCAAGGAUUUGGCUUCUACCUCUUUUAGCUGCUACAUAGGAUUUAGUUUUAUGAGGUAGAAAAAUCUAUAGAAAUAUGAAGUGUACAUAUGUCCCAUGUACUACUGAUCAUAUGGCUCCCUGAUAUGUUCAAACAUGAUUUGCAA